AUGCCUCGCAAAAGACCACCCCCGAUCCAAGUCCCCCCCAACCACCACCACCAGCGCGUCCGCUCCUCCAGCACCAACACAGUCCUCCACCUCGCCCAGCACUCCCCCACUCCCUCCUCCCCAUCCUCACCGCACCCGCAGUCCCCUGCCCAGCCGCGCUCACCGCUGGUGCGCCAAAACAGCAUCACGCCCUCCAUCUCCACCCCGCUCUCCAUCAACCUCUCCCUCACGCCCCCCUCGGUGGUCGAAAUGUGGAUCCUCUGCCGCCAGACCGGCCAUUUCUACAGCCACUUCAUCGACACCGUCACCGCCACCUCCCUCGACUCGCGCCGCGCGAAAAUUACACAGAAGAACAACAUGUACGCCAUGGCCGAGCGUGCACUCACCGUCGCGCGUGAGUUCGCGACAAUGACACACUACAAUAUCUCGGUGUAUGACCUGGGACAGCGCAAGAUGGCGAAGGACUGGGCGAUCUGUGAUACGCCGAGCUACGAUAAGCUGUUCACCAUCUGUGGGGAGAGCUCGGUGGAGAUCUUUGGCGAGCGGUUGGGGAAUAGGAUUGAUCAUCGAAUGAUGUAUGAACCGCCGUACGUGCCGGCGAGCAGGAGUAUGAGUAGGCUGGAGGAGGCGGGGCUGCAGCAGGAGUUCCAUAAUGUGCUGCUUCAGUCGAUCCAGAAUAACAUGGACGACUGGGGGCGGAAGGUGGAGCGGUAUAUUAUGUGCUUUGAUCCAUUUCGCCCGCUGGAUGCGGUGAGGUUGAUGAUGGAGACGGCGAAGGAGCUGAGUGUGGCAGCGAGGGCGGUGGUGAGGCUUGUAGAGCAUCAUUAUCGGCUGUGUUUGGGGCUGCUGCCGGUCGAGGGGGUGACGGAUGCGAAGAGGGCAUAUGAUUUGUUGUUGCUGCAGCGGGGGGAGGAUGUUGAGGGGGAGUUGGUGAGGGAGAUGCAGAGGAUUGCGGCGGAGGUGGAGACGAGGUUGUGGGUGUUGCGCGGGGAGAAGAGGGAGGCGCGUGCGGGGUUGCCGGCGGUGAUGGAAGGGAGUUGCAGGGAGUAG